CCACUACAUAAACUGGAGUACGAGAAAGUUUGCAGUCACAGAUUACUUGCAGUCUUCGUGUAUAAGAAUAGCUGCAAACGAUUGCUGUCAUCAUGCAGCUGCUGAUCAUUGCUGCAGCAUUACUGAGUAUCCUAGUGCAAGGGAGUUACUGCCAGUUUGGCUCGCCACCACGCUGUCUGCUCAACCGUUUGGACUUCCUCCCCUGCAACAUUGUCAACACAGGGAGACCUCCUGUGCCACAAAUCAAUGAGUAUGCAGCGUACACUACAACGAUUCGUGAAACUCCCCUGAAGUGUAGCAUUCGCUCACGUGAUAACCACAUCCUACAAGCUAUCCCUACCAUCGGUGGAGAUCCUAGAAUUUUGUAUCUUUUCUCCCCAGGAUAUGGACAACAAGACUAUCGUAACGAGCAGCUAAUACGAUACAGAGUACAAUGUCCCAGCAACCAUUUUUCUGUCUUCAACCUCGUGUCUUUGGACCUGGAACCACCUUCAUGUAACGACAAUGGCCAAACAAAGUGUGUGGACUACCUUCUAGUGAGCCAGCUGGGAGGAGGUUUUGGGUCCCUUGAAGCGUGUGAUACCAUUGAGGUGAUACUGAGGACCAGUGAAACGGUACGCUUCCCUGGAUUCUCAGCUAAUGUUGUGUGUGUCGACACUGCACUCUUGAGUGGACUAGAUGGUGGGACUGCACCAGGAGCAAGAAUUGGAGGCACUGGGGUGUCUGCUAGACUUGAGCAGCUUAAUACCAGAACGAGGAGACGUGUGGAGUAUGUACAUCGUAUGAGACAGAGUGUAGCAGAUGAGGCUAGGAGUCUGGCUUGCAGUGUGGAUGAUGUCAACAUUCCAUUUGAUGCCGGGAUCACAUAUAUCAAUAGAGUCGUCAGCAUCGUCGACAUGGACACCAUGACUGUGAUCAGGAGGCUACCAGCUCCAAUCAACAAACUAACACUCUUGGAUACCAGUGGCUCCACACAGGAGUUUUACCGAGAGGCCCCCCUAACCAAUGGUUCCAUCACUGUCUUUCCUGGCCCUGGCCCUCUGACUCGAGCUGGAGUGUUUGUCUUCUACACCAGUUUCACAACCAUCCCUGAACUUGGCAACAUCUCACCACAGCUGGUCAUUCCCAGCGGUCUGGAAGCUAAUGUCACUGCUACUCUCCUGGCAGGUCAUGUGAGUCAGGCUCUGAACCAACAAAUAGCGUGUAAUUACACUGACAGUGAGAUACUCCUUGCAAUUCUAAACCAGCACACUCUCAACCCAGUGCUAGCAACGGUAGUCGACGUGGUUCUCGAAUGCACUAACAGAACACAGCCCGGAAGAAUUGAACCAAUUGCUGCAACCAUACCACUUGACUUUCAGUUCAGUCAGGAGGUGGUCUCCGUAGCAGAGGAGAAUGGAACAGUAAGUGUUUGUGUGGAGAUAGCUAGCAAUCUGCCCAGAAACGUGGAAAUACAAGUGGAUCUAGUCUCACAAGAUGGAAAUGCCACUGAGCCGAGUGACUACACUGUUGUCAACACCACCACGGUCACGUUCCUCAGUGGAACUGCUCGUGAUGGUCCAGGAUCUCACAUGUGCAUAGACAUUAAGAUAUCUAAUGACAGUACGGUAGAGCUGGAUGAGGCGUUCCUGUUGACAGCACAUUCUCUUGAUACUAAUGUCAACAUCAUCAAUAAUGCCACUGUUAUUAUCAUCAAUACUGAUGGCCGUUAACUGCUGUAGUAACUCAUCUAUAAUAGACAAGUGACAGAUUUUACUGUAUAUAUACAUGUAUAUACAACUGAGUAACACCAUAGUUUAUAGAUUGUUCAUCUUGUGUUUUAAUGAUUGUUUGCCCAUGCAUAGGGCUUAGUAUU